AUGCAGGCGCUGCGUAGCGCUCAGCAGCAGGGUGAAAGAAUAACAGAAAUGACGGCUGGCGGUACGGGGCAAGAAACCGGUGUAUUCCUAGAGUCGGGCGUGCCCGACACGCUCCCAGAGGACUUCAGGCGGACUGCGCGUCUGCAAGUGCUGCAGGGGGGGCGGCGGGAAGGCGAGAGCAGCGCCGUGUCGACACUCGUGAGCUCAAGCGGUAUUCGGCGGACAUCAUCUGAAUUUGAUGUCCCCGACACACAUCCAGACGACCUCAGGCGAUUUUAUCAGAUGCAGGCGCGGCAGAGCGCCCAUCAGCAAGGUGGGCGAGCCACAGAAAAGAAAUGUGUUUUUGCGGGGAGGAAAGCCCGUGUGUUCUCUAGGGCAAACCUCCUUGAGAUGCCUUUAGAAAGCCUUAGGCGACUUUUUCAUCUGCAGACGCUGCGGGCGGAGCAGCGGGGAGGCGACGGCAGAGCAGCGCCGGAACCAUUGGGCUCAGCAUAUACUCGCAAAAGACCCUCUGAAAUGGAUGUCCCCGACACACACCCAGACGAACUCAAGCAAUUUUACCAGAUGCAGGCGUUGAAGAGGGCUCAGCCCGCAGGUGAACGGCGUGCAGCGCUGCCAUCCCCCACCACGGGGAAAGGAGCUCGUAUAUCACCUGAAAUGAACGUGCACGACACGCACUCAGAGGAGUUUACGCAGUUUGAUCGUCUGCAGAUGCUGCAGGAUCACAACAGGGAAGGCGAGAGCGGCAGAGAGCCAACACCACUAAGCUCAAGCCAUAUGAGCUGGAGACCUUCUGAAAUGGAUGUCCCCGACACAGAUCCAGACGACCUCAAGCGUUUUUAUCAGAUUCAGGCGUUGAAGAGGACCUCAGCACGAAGUUGA